AUGGGAGAGGUAGAGCGUGGAGGUUGUUGUCCUCCGAUGGAUCUGUUCCGUUCGGAGCCGAUGCAACUGGUUCAGCUCAUCAUCCCUAUCGAAUCCGCUCACCGCACUGUCACCUACCUCGGCCAGAUUGGCCUUCUUCAGUUCAAAGAUCUCAAUGCAGAUAAGAGUCCUUUUCAACGGACCUAUGCAACUCAGAUAAAAAGAUGUGGAGAGAUGGCUCGCAGAUUGCGUUUUAUCAAGGAGCAAAUGUUGAAGGCAGGUGUUUCACCGAAAGAUCCCAGAACACUAGAUGAUGUGAACAUUGAUGACCUUGAGGUAAAACUUAUAGAAAUUGAGUCAGAGUUAACUGAGAUGAAUGCAAAUGGUGAGAAGUUGCAACGGUCGUAUAAUGAGCUUGUGGAGUAUAAGCUUGUUCUACAGAAGGCUGUUGGGUUUUUCUACUCAGCUCAAAGCUGUGCCAUGGAGCAGCAGAGAGAAUAUGAAUCACGUCAUCUGGGGGAUGAAUCUAUGGAAACACCUUUAUUACAGGACCAAGAAUCGUCAGGUGAUUCAUCAAAGCAAGUUAAGUUGGGGUUUUUAGCAGGUCUUGUUCCCAGGGAAAAGUCCAUGGUUUUUGAGAGAAUUUUAUUUCGUGCUACUAGAGGAAAUGUAUUUUUAAGGCAGGUUACUGUUGAGGAUCCUAUCACAGAUCCUGUUUCUGGAGAAAAGACUGAGAAAAAUGUAUUUGUGGUCUUCUAUGCUGGUGAAAAAGUAAAAGCCAAGAUUCUGAAAAUAUGUGAAGCCUUUGGUGCCAAUCGCUACCCUUUUGCUGAGGAACUUGGAAAACAAGCUCAAAUGAUCACAGAGGUUUCCGGAAGACUUUUAGAAUUGAAGACCACUAUAGAUGCUGGACUACUGCAUCGGAAUAACUUGCUAAAUACUAUCGGGGCUCAAUUUGAGCAAUGGAAUGAUCUUGUGAGGAAGGAGAAAUCUGUUCAUCAUACCCUGAACAUGCUGAGCCUUGAUGUGACUAAAAAAUGUCUUGUGGCUGAGGGGUGGAGUCCUGUUUUUGCUACUAAGCUGAUCCAGGAUGCAUUACAUCAUGCAGCAUUGGACUCUAAUUCUCAAGUUAAUGCCAUUUUCCAAGUUUUGCAAACCAGGGAGUUGCCCCCUACCUAUUUUCGCACAAAUAAAUUCACUUCUUCUUAUCAAGGAAUUAUCGAUUCAUAUGGGGUUGCUAAGUAUCAGGAGGCAAAUCCUACUGUGUAUACUGUAGUUACCUUUCCAUUUCUUUUUGCUGUAAUGUUUGGUGAUUGGGGGCAUGGAAUAUGUUUACUAUUGGCGGCUCUAUAUUUCAUAUUCCGGGAGAGGAAACUUUCUCGCCAGAAGCUUGAUGACAUCACGGAGAUGACUUUUGGAGGUCGUUAUGUUAUUUUGUUGAUGGCGCUGUUCUCAAUCUACACUGGUUUUAUCUAUAAUGAGUUCUUUUCCGUUCCAUUUGCACUCUUUGCCCCCUCUGCGUAUGAUUGUCGUGACCUUUCUUGCAGGGACGCUACAACAGUGGGCUUGAUAAAAGUGCGUGACACUUACCCUUUUGGAGUGGAUCCUGUAUGGCACGGUACACGAAGUGAACUACCAUUUCUGAACUCAUUGAAAAUGAAAAUGUCAAUUCUUCUUGGAGUUGCUCAAAUGAACCUUGGAAUUGUGAUGAGCUAUUGCAAUGCCAUAUUCUUUAGAAACAGCGUGAAUGUGUGGUUCCAGUUCAUUCCCCAGAUGAUAUUUCUAAACAGUCUAUUUGGAUACCUAGCCCUUCUUAUUAUUGUCAAGUGGUGUACUGGUUCUCAAGCUGAUUUGUACCAUAUUCUGAUAUACAUGUUCCUUAGCCCGACUGAUGAUUUGGGUGAGAACCAACUCUUUGUUGGCCAGAAAAAUUUGCAGCUUGUGCUUUUGCUUCUGGCUCUUGUCUCUGUCCCCUGGAUGCUGUUGCCAAAACCUUUUAUUUUAAAAAGGCAGCAUGAAGCUGUAUGCUUGCUUUUAUAG